AUGGAUGCACAAGAUUCAGAGCUGAACAGAGCAGCUACAAAAAUACAAUCUAAUUUCCGUGGCUAUAGGACGAGAAAAGAAAUGAGGUUAAUAAAUUGUUCUCCAGAGGCUCCUGAAAACAAUGAUGGCAUGAGUCACUUAGAUCUGAGUAAUCAAGAUCUCCAUGAAGCAGCUAGAUUAAUCCAAAAUUCUUUUAGAAGUUACCAGCUGAGGAAAGAAGGUAAGACAUCGCAGCUUCUAGACAGUGACUUGGAAAACAUCGAUCUGUCAGAUCCUGAGUUACAAAAAGCAGCAGCUAUUAUCCAAUCAUCCUUCAGAGGAUUUCAGACAAAGAAAUCCCUCAGAGCUAUAAAAACUCCUGACAAUGAUAAUGGUCGUAAACUAGACCUGAACGACCCAGAGCUAAAUGAAACUGCAAGAGUCACCCAAAAGUCUUUUCGAGAUUCCCAGUUCACAAAAGAAGGCACUGCUUCCCAGCUUCCAGAUAAUGACUUGGAAAACAUUGAUUUAACAGAUCCUGAUCUGCAAAGAGCAGCAGCUAUUAUCCAAUCAUCUUUCAGAGGAUUUAAGACCAGGAAAAACAUCAGGGGUUCAAAAUCUCCUGACAAAGACAAUGGUCAGGAUACAGAUGAAAUAGAAAACAUCGAUCUAACAGAUCCGGAACUGGAGAAAGCAGCAACUACUAUUCAGUCCAAUUUCAGAGGAUUUAAGACCAGGAAAAACAUCAGAUCUUCAAAAUCUCCUGACAAAGACAAUGGUCAGGAUACAGAUGAAAUAGAAAACAUCGAUCUAACAGAUCCGGAACUGGAGAAAGCUGCAACUACUAUUCAGUCCAACUUCAGAGGAUUUCAGACCAGGAAAAGUAUCAGAUCUUCAAAAUCUCCUGAUAAAGACGAUGGUCAGGAUACAGAUGAAAUAGAAAACAUCGAUCUAACAGAUCCGGAACUGGAGAAAGCUGCUACUACAUUGCAGAUCCAAACUCAGAGGAUUUCAGACCAGGACUGCAGAUCUUCAAAUCUCCUGACAAAAUGA